GGGCGCACCGACAGUAAAACGAGUCAACUCAAUCGAACCAAACCGAACCUAACCGAAACGAGGUUAUCGAACGCGUCGGUCAGGAUAUAUAAAUAAGUGCAGCGAUAAGCCGGAAUAUAGCAAAGCGAAUACCAAACAGAAAUGAUGUGGAAAGUUGUGAUUGUGCUCGUUGCGGCCUUGGCCCUGGCCUCAGCCCAAAAUCAGGUAACCGGACCGCAGACCUGCAGCGCAGCCGGAGUGCAGAGCUUGGACUGGAAUAAUACCGCACUGUUCGGCCGUUGGCUGGAAGUGGCACGCAAUCCGCUGGGCGAUGCGCCCGCCUGCUUGGAGUUCAACGUGGGUCUGCUGUGGGACAACACGACGCUGAGCAUUAAUGCCUCCCACUCGAGCUCCAGUGAGUCGCUCUACUCGAACAUCGAUGAGUCGGCCAAGGUGACGCUGACGCCCCAAGCCACGACAGGCUACAAUGUUACCUUCUACCAGAACAACGCAGCCCAGCCGCCCGUGUUCAUCAAGCUGCUGCAGCUCAUCAACAACACCUACGUCACUGGCUGCGGCUAUACCGAUCCCAAUAAUGCCAAUACCAGCUAUGGCUUCAUUCUGGCUAUGGCGGGCAUGUACAAUGCCGAGGGCAUCAAAUUGGUCAACGACCAGGCCUUCCCAUUGUACAGCAAUUUCCAGAACAACUCAUACGCAAACAUCACACAAGCUGGCUGCUUCAAAAGCUCGGCCACCCAGUCGCUGCCAAUGAUCUCUGGCAUCCUGGCCGUGGCUCUGCUGCUGAUUAGGGCGUACUAAA